AUGUUCUUGAGCAGUCGAGGCGGCAUAAAUGCGGCUCGCAGAUAUGUCGUCGAAGAAAUCUGCACAGAACUAGGAGUAGGAGUGCUGCGGUUACCACCGUAUCACUGCUUUUUCAAUCCUAUAGAGCUCUGUUGGAGUAAAUUGAAGCACCACCUCAAGAAGAAUGGAAAACCAUCAGAUACACUCGAGAUAGUAGAUGAGGAACCGGACCCUGGAAUGGAUGAGUGCGGUGGACGCCGGCAAGUGCGAAGCAUGAUGCCGAGAGACAGUAUGCCAAGAGCACGCUGCCCGGCAAAAGGAACUUGCGGAUUCCUACAGGAAUCAAAUGACUGA